UUCGCUUUUGAUUUUCAUUCAGUUGGAUUACUUCACCUGGUGAAUAGGUGAGAGAAAGGUUCUGUCAUUAUAUUACGGGCGUCGACGUCGUCGGUUUGAUAGUGCUGAAUAAAGUUGAAUUUUAUUAAACCACACUCAUUUGUCCUAAAAAAUAACAAUUAGAGAUACACACAUUAGAUUGUAUCUGAAUAUUUUUUCAAUUGUUUUCAAAAAAAAAUUGUAUCAAAACAGUGUUUUUGGUGAAUAAAUUUAUUUUGGUUCACCGCCCUUAGUUAGUAUAGAGCUUAUGUAAUUUUCAAAUCAGGCCUUGAGCUCAAACCAAUAAAUCGCGUCAUCUCAACACACUUUGGUGUCAUCUCUCAAGCUCGUCGUCGUUGUUGUUCGGGAUGAGACAGACACAAAACUCAAUCUUUUUUAAUCGCAUGACACAAAAGAUACAUCAUCUUUCCAUCAUCCUAACAAAGUGCUAGAUAGAAUUUGUAGUCAAUGAUGUGUGUAUCUUCGUAUCUGUCACCAUUUGAAGAUGCAAUAUAUUGUAAGUGAAGAUGCAGACGCGGAUAUAUUGUUGUUCGAAAUAAUUAUCCAUCACACCAUCUUCAUAGUUUAGAUAGUUUAUGUCGCGUGUUAAAAGCGGGUUUCUUCUAUUAUUUUGUAUCGAUCCGGUUGUAACUAAAGGAUACAAAAAUUUUAGUUUUCAUGUUUACUAUUAUGAAAUAUUUAUUUGUGAUACACAAAAAUAAAUAAAAACAAGCAAAAUGCAUUGUUUGAUCGAUAUGAAAGUGAAAUAAUUUAUGUUUGAGUGUACAUAUAUCAGAAGUGGGAUGUAAUGAUUUGAAUUGUUCCUCCAAUUUUUGUUUUCUGAGUCUCUCUUUCUAAAUUGAGUAUUUAAUAGCAUUAAAAAGUUGUUUAAAGUGAUUUUCUAUGGUUUCUAUUGUCUAAUUAUAUUCUAUCAAAGAAAUUACAUUAAUGAGGAUACCUAUUUGCAAUUUUCUUCUAUGGAUUGAGAAAUAAAUCGAUAUCUACAUCAAUGAGCAACAAAAACGUCGACGAUUUCAUCCCUUAAGAAAUCUACGUCGAAUGUUUCGACGUCGCACUUUAACCAGUGUCGACUUGUCAUCGCCGUCUGUCGUUGAAACAAAUCAAUUGUCCGCAUCAUCACCAUCAUCGCCGUUGCAACAUCAACUACAGCAACAACAUUCGCAACAGCAACAGCAUUUGACCAAAAAUCCACCCACCGUUGUUGGAAAUACCUUAUCCGUACCUGCGCACGGCUAUGCCGGGACAUCAGCCUCAUCAACAUCAUUGCCUACAUCACCCCUAUCGCUGUCGCCGUCACCAUCGGUAAUAGCUGUUGGCAGUCAGAGUUGUGCCACCAACAAAGCUGCUUCGUCUUCGCCAAAUAACAGUUACAAUUACAUGCAACAUCACACGUCGUCAGACGUCACCAGUGCAAUGUCACUCUCUACGUCACUACAACAGCAUCAUCAGCAUCACCAGCAACAAUAUUCUACAAGUUCUUCAACCACAACCACAACAACGGGUCGUAUCCUGGGUACUUGUGGUGGUAUCGGUGUUUUGCCAGGAGCUUUCAAUGGCCGCACAUCGUUGUCGGGUGGAUUUUUUGCCAGUAAGGAUAAAAUAAUAGGGAAUAGCAGCACAGUGGGCCUAUUGGCUCGUGAUACGAAGCUUAAAAGCACCGGAACAGAUUCUAGCAAUGAUCUCGAGGGUAAUCGUGAGAUGACUGAUAGCCAAAGAAGUUUAAGUGAAGGACGAUUAGUCGAUAGUGAUUUCAGUCGAGAUGGUCUCUCACAAUCGCACGAUAGUGUAUUUUCCGAAUCAGCAACAGCCAGCAGUUUAUCUAUUGUACUUAAGGCUGAGCUUGCUGAUGUCCUCCGCAAACGUCGCAAUCGACCCGAUGCUUCAGACGAAGAUUUGGGACUGCCACGCAGUCCAACGACCCCACAACGUCGUGAAACUAAUAACACAACCAAUCAAAGUGAAGUCUCAUCGCUGAGCAUGCUCAGCAUGAAUUCCACCAUUGAUUUCGAUGAUGAAUUACCCUCAUCAACAGCCAAUCAUUCUGGAGACUUUUCUUCGGUAGCAGAUCGAACAUCAUCGAGUAUUUCGAGCAAAUUUUCUGGCGGUGAUAAUUCUCGAUCGGAAGAUGUGGAACUCUUCUCAUCGAAUUGGACACGUCUGUCUCAUUCAGCUGCUAAGCACAAGAUGGCUGUAAGGCCUGUUAAAAAGAAGGGGCCAACUAGACAUCGACGAACUUUGGAGAGUUCUGUAUUACCAUCAACUCCAGAAGUAAAUGAAGAUCAGACCAAGGCAACAGCUUCUGCAACCCUAGAAGUUAAAGAUAUCUCAUUGGACAAAGCUAAAUCCCGAUCUCUGCCACCAGGUGUCAAUGCAAAGAUCCUUGAACAACAUAGCACCGAAAUGAAACAAGCAGUCAGCAUUAAACGCUCGAAAACCGAAAAAGGCCCAUCGCCGAACUCGACCUACGCCAUGCGUAGCAAUGCAACUAAAAGUUCCAUAUUCGAAUCAGUAUCGCCUAACGCACAGAGUUCCCCAACCGAUACCAACAAGGACGAUGAAAGUGGCUUCUUCCGUCGCUUCGUCUAUAGAAAUUCCAAACGCGGUGCUUCCAAAUCAACCAGUACCAACAAUGGUAACAACAAAAAUGCCGACGAACUUGACAGUCAGCCCGAAAGCAAGAAGCCAAAUCCACCGCCAACUGAAAUUUCCAAAUCAAUUGAAACAAAAUCUGCUGAAUACUCCCAAAAGGUGGAAGAAACUCGCAAGGAUAUCCGCAGGGAUAUUUUAUCUACAGGCAAUUCGGCCCUCAGUGCAAUGUUGAAUACUUUCAUACUCUCUCCCGAAUCGGAGAAAAUGGUGACUCAUGCUACAAAUGAGAAUAUAACCAUCAAUCAAUCAGCUAAACCGAAAUCCGGUCCCGCAGCUAGGCAGCGUUACAUUCCAAAAGAUCUCUCCCAGCAGCAACAACAACAACCACAACCAAUGAUGAUGGAUGUCGAUGUAAAUCUUAAACACUCCCGAACAAGUUUGGAGAGUUUUUCCGAAAAAUCUGACUCCCACAUGAGAGACGAAUUCAUUUCAAAAUCUAUUGCUCUUUCGAAAAUCUCCAAAUCCCACACAGAAGAGAGCUUCCAAUCGACUACACUCGUCAGAGAAAUCAAUGCUAUGAAAGAUCAGCAGAAGGAACACUUUGAAAAGAAACCAAAGAUUCUCGGAAUGAGUGCGUUCCAACAGAAAAUCUCCCGUUCCAAUGAUUCUUUCAACAACACCAGUUCAAGUACUGAUUCAGUUGAGUUUUUAUUAGGAAGUGAUCUCAGAAAACGUGGAAAAUCUGUUGAAAAAUCAAAGAGCUUUCGCACCUAUAUUGAAUCGAAAGAGGACAAAGAGAUCGCAUCAUCAUUGAGAAAUCAAGUGCCAAGUCUUCCUGAUUUGUCGCUAAAGAGCGACAAUGAUUUGGAAGAUGAAAAACACCUAUCACUAGGAUUUGAGAUCAAUGACAAUAACCUAGUUAAACAGAAAUCAAGUGAAUUGCCACUUACCCAUGGAAUCUAUACGAAAAACAUCAUACUUACCACUUCUAAGAAUAUGCCGUCUAGAAUUCAAACAAAGUCUCCACUUUUAGGCACAUCUGCUUGUAGCACGAAUAUCUCCGAAAUCGAACAGAAUAUUGAUAUGCUGGUGAAGUCACCAUUUGUAAGUGUUUUACGGAAAUCGGCAACUAUAAGUGAUUCGGUGUCAGCUAAACUGGCGCCCAACGUGACGAUCAGUCCGAUACCAAACAAAAGAAUCGAUACAAUUGCCAAAGUUGAGAAUAAAAUUGACAGAAUACUCAGAACAGAAGAUAAAGAUAUCUUCGUUCCACCGGCAACACCAGCUGCUCCACCACCAACACCAGCAACCCCUCCACCGGCAUUGGUUGCUCCAAUAAUCAUACAUUCUCCCACAAAGGUUCAAAUGCGAGAGAAGCCAAAAAUUGUUGCUGAUAGUGAGAGUCGAAAGUCUUUGCGGGAGAGAAAUUCGUCACCGCAGACAACUAUUUCUUCCAAAUCAAAUAGCUUCCAUCGAAGCCGCCGAAGUUCUUCGGUAAUCGAAUCAUCUGCAAGUAACAACAAAGGUGUACCCGAAUUCAUGAAGAUUCAACUUAAUCGAGUUGAUCCAAUUCGACCUAAGAGCAAUGUGGUUUUGUCGAAGAAUGUUCGUGAAAGUACUGAAGACCUAACUCGUCGAUUCAGUAAUGAAAGUGUUGAAAUCUCGGAGGUUAAACCUCCAACUCCAACCGAAGAUGAUAGACCCACCGUUAUGAUACGUUCGAAUAGUUCGACCUCAUCCCGAUCCGAUGAAUCACUACCAAAAAGCCCUACAAAGAAGACCUCCGAUGAGGAGAAUAAUAUUUUACGUAUUGAUACAAAUACUCCUUUCAAUAAUAAUAUUCCAUUGCAUGAGCGACGUAGGUUGUUCCUUAGUGAAGAUAAACUGAAAAACGAUCGUAAAAUCGAAGAAAUGAAAUUGGAACGUAAAAAAUCGAUGUCGGAAGAGGUCCGUAAGAUGCCUACGGAAGAGGAGCCCGUUGUGGUGGUUCUUCGAAAAAAAUCCUUCGGUGUUAUUCAGCCUUCGGCCAAUAACAACAAAGACGAUCCCACACCAGAAUUGAUGAAAGUCUUUGCUAGAAGAUCUCUCAAGAUCAAAGAUGAAGAUCUUCCAGACCCUCCAAUAAAAAAAUUUGUCCCUAGUGUCGAUAGUGACAAAGAAAAUCAAUCGUCCAGUGAAGAAAAACUCGACAAACUCUCAGCAAUUCAGCAACAACAAAAUGGUCUCCCCAAAACAGACACUGACAUUUCCAAAAAUCGUAAUUCUCUAGCGGAUUUCCGUAACAACAAAUCACAGUCAUUGAAUAAUAAUGGAAUCGGAACACCGACAAAAACAUUUCUGCCACCAAUCCGUCUUAGUGGGCCAUUUCGUCAAUCAUCGCAAGGAUCACCGGUAAUGGUUGGUAAAAGUAUUGAAUCAACGACAAACAAUAAUAAUAACAACAACAACAGUUUGACAAAUAACAAUAAUAAUGUGUCAACAAAGCCAGUGGAACGUCAGUCACUUGCAACUGUAACAGUACUUUCGUCAUCAGUGCCACCAAGCGUAGUUAAUACUUCUACAAUUGAACAGAAUAGUUUCUCAACUUCGACAACAUUCACAAGAUCGACUAUUGAACGUUCAGCAACGAUGGCAACCAUGAAUAGGGUGGAAAGUGAGUUUAAGGGUAUCCAUCAGCGUCGGGCCGAAUGGGAGAAACGGGCCAAAGAAGCUUUGAAAUAAAUUUAUAUUGAUAAAUGCAUUGAUAAAUUGGAUGAUGGCAUAUGAAUUGAAUGUGUGAAUGAAUAAUAAAAUUGGUUAAAUAUGACUGUGGUGAAAAUAGUUGUAUGAAUUUUAGUAGGUGAGGUGAAAUUGGUGACAUUGUUGAGGUGAAAAUAAUAAUUUCCUGCUUAUCUAAGAAAGGAUUUUAAUGAGUUUCUUAAAGAAAUUCAAAAACAAUUUGACAAAUGUAAAAUGAUAAAAUCAAAUGACAGUAUUGAGGUGAGAAUAAGUUUGAAGGAUACUUGCACGCUUUUUUAUAAACAUUCUUUGAAAUGUUGAUGAAUAUUUCUUCAAAACAUCUCUUUUCAUUCAAUAUAUCUAAGGAGAAAAUAUUUUUAAAAUAUGUCACUGCUUUAGAUUUUGACACUUACGAGGUGAAAAAUCACAAACAAAAAUUUCGAUCGAGGUGAAUUUUUAUUCAAAUGGAUGAAAGCAUAAAUGAGGUUUGUAAUCUAAUUGAAAAAAGAAAUUAUGAAACAUUUUUUAGUCCCCGAGUUGAAUGCACUUCAACACUGAUUCACCUCCAUAAAACGAAAUUCAACUUCACCAAAGUCAUAUAAAACAAAAUUGUAUUAUGAA